AUGGAGCUGGUUCGCUUGGCCCUGCGCUGCCCUCUGCCACGUGUCUCUCUCUGCUCGUCGUCUUGGAUAUCCUGCAGUCCAGAGGUGAAGGUUAUGGAUCCUAUGGAGUGUCCGCUGUGCUUGGAGCCGCUGGAGACGGACGAUGCCAACUUCUUCCCCUGCACCUGCGGCUACCAGAUCUGUCGCUUCUGUUGGCACCGCAUCCGCACAGACGAGAACGGCCUCUGCCCUGCCUGCAGAAAGCCUUACCCAGAGAACCCAGCGGUCUACAACCCCCUGUCAGCGGAGGAGCUGCAGAGGAUAAAGAAUGAGAAGAAGGCCAAACAGGUGGAGAAGAAACAGAAGACGACAGAAAACAGGAAGCACCUGGCCAGCGUCAGGGUGGUGCAGAGAAACCUGGUGUUUCUAGUGGGACUGUCACAGAGACUGGCCGACCCCGAGAUUCUAAAGAGACCCGAGUAUUUUGUGAAGUUUGGGAAGGUCCAUAAGGUAGUCAUCAACAACAGCACCUCAUACGCCGGCUCACAGGGCCCCAGUGCCAGUGCCUAUGUCACUUACAUCCGCUCAGAAGACGCCCUCAGAGCAAUACAGUGUGUCAACAACCUAGUAGUAGACGGCAGAACACUGAAGGCUUCUUUAGGGACGACGAAAUACUGCAGCUACUUUCUGAAGAGCAUGGGGUGUCCCAAACCUGACUGUAUGUAUCUACACGAGCUGGGGACGGAUGCGGCCAGCUUCACUAAAGAGGAGAUGCAGGCAGGGAAGCAUCAAGAGUAUGAACAGAGGCUGUUACAGGAUCUGUACCAGAACCCCAGCUUUACCACCCAGACCUCAGGAGGGGAGACGACCAAGAGCUCUAAACCCAGCUGUUUGCAGAGGUACUCCCUCCCUCUCUCCCUCUCUCCCUCUCUCCCUCUCUCCCUCUCUCUCCUCCCUCCCUCCCUCCAGCUCCCAGACAGUGACUCUCCGUCGCCCCCUCCUGUCCUCUCCGGCCCUCCUGGUUUCUCCAAAGCCAGCCAGGUGGUUCCCAUCAGUGUGACUACCCGGUCUCCCUUUCAGGGGGCUGCCGCCGAGUCCCAGUCUCUGUUCUCUGACAAUAGUAACUAUCGCCAUCCUAACCCCAUCCCCAGCAGCCUCCGUGGGUUCCCCAGCACCUCCACACAGAACAACCACGACACCUGGCCCACUGCACCCCAACCACACAGCCUCUUCACUUCAGAUUCCAUCCCAGUAUCGUCCUCAACAGACUGGCAGGCAGCCUUCGGCUUCGGCUCAUCCAAACAACAGACGUCAGAAGAUGACUUGGGAUUCGAUCCUUUCGACAUCACCCGUAAAGCCCUGGAGGACCUGAUAGAGAAGGAGCUCAGCGUUCAGGACAGCCUCCCGUCCCUCUCCAUCUCCCCAGGUCCCUUCCCCCCCCACCACCACCACCACCACUCCCUCCUGUCCUCCGUAGCUGCUCCUGGUCCCCCUGGAGAGCCGAUACCCCGUAACCACUUCUUCUCUGGGCCCAACUCCGGGUUCUCUAGUAAUCACUGCUUCUCCCAGAUGCAUCAACACCACCCUCAACAACGGGCCGUCUAUAACUCCUUCAGCUUCCCCGGACAGCCGCCUUCAUCAUCGUCCUCGUCUUCAUCACAGACCAGCCGCCACCCCUGGAUGACGUCUGCCCCGAACCGAAAUAACUUCACGACGCACUUCGGCGGAAACCGCACGGUGUCACAACACAGCAGCUUCCUGGACCUGAUGCUGCCCAGUACAGGGCUGGGAGGCAUCGCCACGACAGGUUUCCCAUCGUCAGCAGGCAACAGUUUUGACUCCCUCCAGGAUGACAACCCUCCUCACUGGCUCACGUCCCUUCAGGCCCUUACAGAGAUGGAUGCUCCGUCUAUCCCCAGCUCCACUGCGAACCCGAACCCCCAGCAGCCCAACUCACACAGCGGCCAGGUCCGUCCUCACCACAGACCCAGCUGGGCCCCCUUCCCACCACCAUCCACAGCCUCUCUCAACCCCCACCCAGUCGGCCACUUCCACUCCCCACCUCCAGGCUUCCAGACUGCUUUCAGAUCCCCGGCUCAGACACCCUCAGAGCUGCUACAGAGCGCCGGCAUGGACCGCCACUAGGGGGCGAUGCUGUGAAGUGGACUUCUGAUUCCCGUCUUUAAAUCCCCCACAGAAACAUAAAUUAAACUAAAUCGGAUGUAAUUAACAAAUCAAAAAAACAUUAAGAGAUGUUGUUCUUCCUGGUGAGCUGGUUUUCUGAUCCUGUGUUCCAUCUUGGUUGGGUUGUUUCAGUUCUCUGUCUCUCUCUCUGUCUCUCUCUGUCUGUCUACCUGAUCCUGUCUACCUGGCCCUGUCUGUCUGUCUACCUGGCCCUGUCUGUCUGUCUACCUGGCCCUGUCUGUCUGUCUACCUGGCCCUGUCUGUCUACCUGAUCCUGUUUUCCAUCUUGGUUGGGUUGUUUCAGUUGGUCUAUAGAGGUAAACUACUAUCCUGCUACGCUGUCUGUCUGUCUACCUGUCUCUGUCUCUCUACCUGGCCCUGUCUGUCUCUCUACCUGGCCCUGUCUGUCUCUCUACCUGGCCCUGUCUACCUGGCCCGGUCUGUCUGUCUACCUGGCCCGGU